ACCGUAAUCAAAGAGGCAUGAAUUGAGCUUGAGACACAAUCUAUCGGUGAUAAUUUAUAUUGUGAUGAUUUGUUUGUAUUAUUAUUGUUUAGUUAGAAAAUAUAAAUUACUGCUACAAUAAGAUAAGCAAAACAAUAUUUCUUUUUGCUGUACGAAAAAUGAGUUGUUAAAAUGAAUGUAAAUGUCUGUAACUCGCAGGUGGAUUCUGAUUGGUCAAUGAAAAACAUGAACAUGGAUUCUCACGAAGCAAUGAGUGACAUUGUGAGCUCAAAAAAGAAUGGACUUUCUGUUCCAAACUAUUCAUAUGCUUCUCCGCUUUUAAGUAAACCCGGUGCUACAAAAAAGUUGGUCAUAAAAAACUUUGAAAAACCAAAAUUACCUGAAAAUUACAAACAACAGACUUGGGACAAGCUUAAAAAUGCCGUUGUAGCUAUUCAGACUUCUAAACCUAUUAGUACCUCGCAGGAAGAACUGUAUCAAGCCGUGGAAAAUUUAUGCUCCAAUAACAUGGCUGCUUUUCUGUAUGAUGGCCUAAGAGUUUUAUGUGAGACACACAUUAAAAAGAAUGUUGAUCAGUUUUUACCAGAAUCUAUGGACAGUGUAUAUUUUUUGAAACUAAUGAAUGAGUUUUGGCAGGAUCAUUGUCGCCAAAUGAUCAUGAUUCGAAGUAUUUUUUUGUUCCUUGAUCGCACAUACAUUUUACAGAGUCCCGGCAUUUCUUCACUAUGGGAUAUGGGAUUGGAUAUGUUUCGAAUACAUAUUGUUUCAAAUCCCCUCGUCCAGACCAGAAUCGUCGAUGGGAUACUGAUGAUUGUUGACAAAGAAAGAAACGGCCAAGCCAUUGAUAGAAGUUUGUUAAAAAACUUACUUAGAAUGCUUUUGGAUUUGCAAAUUUAUCAGGAUGUGUUCGAGGUAAAGUUCCUCCAAACUACGGAGGAAAUGUAUGCAUCUGAAGGGCAGCAAAAAAUGCAAGAAUUGGAAGUCCCUCUGUACUUGCAGCAUGUGGAUAGGAGGUUGAGCGAAGAGUGGGAAAGACUGCUUCAUUACCUCGACCAGUCUACAAAGAAACCUCUCAUUCAGUGUGUAGAGAAACAAUUGCUAGGCGAGCAUUUAGGUCCGCUGUUGCAGAAGGGACUCGAUCUGCUGCUGGAAGAGAACCGGAUUGUUGAUCUUAAACUGAUGUAUGAUCUUUUCUCUAGGGUCAAGGACGGACUUCCGCAGUUAUGUUCUCACUUUAAUCUGUACAUAAAAAAGCAAGGAAGAGUCAUAGUGAGCAAUCCUGAGAAAGAUAAAACAAUGGUUCAAGAACUUCUCGAGUUCAAAGAUCAGUUAGAUGUCAUCGUUAAUCAGUGUUUUCAGAAAAAUUUAAAAUUCUUGAACACUCUAAAAGAAGCCUUUGAAUAUUUUGUCAACCAAAGACCUAACAAGCCUGCCGAGUUAAUUGCAAAGUACCUCGACUUGAAGCUACGAGCGGGCAACAAGGAAGCGACAGAAGAGGAGCUAGAAAUGCUUUUAGAUAAAAUUAUGGUGUUGUUCAGAUAUAUUCAUGGAAAAGAUGUAUUUGAAGCUUUCUAUAAGAAAGAUUUGGCGAAACGAUUGCUGGUCGGUAAAAGUGCUUCAGUCGAUGCCGAAAAAUCCAUGCUGUCUAAACUUAAACAAGAGUGUGGUGCUGCAUUCACUAGCAAACUAGAAGGUAUGUUCAAAGAUAUGGAGAUAUCUAAGGAGUUGAUGGGAGCUUUCAAACAGCAUUUACAAAAUGUUAAAGUUCCUGGCAACAUAGAUAUGACUGUUAGUGUUUUAACAAUGGGAUAUUGGCCGACUUACCCUCCAAUAGAAGUACAGAUGCCGCCUGAUAUGAUAAAAUAUCAAGAAAUAUUCAAAAAGUUUUACUUGGGUAAGCAUAGUGGACGUAAACUGUUGUGGCAACCUAGUUUGGGCCAUUGUGUUCUGAGAGCGGUUUUCACCGGUGGUAACAAAGAACUUCAAGUCUCCUUGUUUCAAGCCCUAGUUCUUCUGAUGUUUAAUAAGGAGGAUUCUUAUUCCUUCGAAGAGAUAAAGCAGACUACGGCUAUCGAAGAUGGAGAACUGAGGAGAACUUUACAGUCGUUAGCUUGCGGUAAGGCCAGGGUCUUGCAAAAGAGUCCUCGAAGCAAGGAUGUGGAAGAUGAUGACAAAUUUAUCUAUAAUGCCGAAUUCAAAAAUAAAUAUUAUAGAAUAAAAAUUAAUCAAAUACAGAUGAAAGAGACGCAGGAAGAGCAGUCUAUCACUCAGGAGAGAGUUUUCCAAGACCGCCAGUACCAGAUAGAUGCUGCAAUUGUGCGUAUAAUGAAAAUGAGGAAGUCUCUGUCGCAUAAUCUUCUCAUUACCGAGCUAUACGACCAGUUGAAAUUUCCGGUAAAACCCACCGAGUUGAAAAAGCGUGUCGAGAGCCUGAUUGAUCGGGAUUAUCUACAGAGGGAUAAAGAUAAUACGAAUCAGUAUCAUUACGUUGCAUAAACUAACUCUGCCUAUAUUCAACUCAUGUAUCAGUUCUGUAGGCCAAAUUAAGCUAACAGCCAUAAUGUGUGUUAUCCAUCGCUUCUCAUGUUGAUUUCUUCCACUCUAGCUUUGAUUAUUUUGAAGAGAAUUUUAAGGUGAUUGAAGUGUUUCAUUUACGUCACUGUUUGUAGCGAUUGUCGAUAUUUAAAAUGGAAAUUAAUCCGUGGUUCACUGCUGGACUGAUGAGGUAAAAUUGGAUUUGAAUUUUGAAUGCUGUGUAGCUUUUUUUCUUUCCAGGGAAAAUGCAAUGAGUGCAAAACAUUUUGUCUGUUAAGUCCAUGGGAAAUAAUUAAAUUAUCUAACACUAAAAUUGGGCUCUGUUGUAAUUUUGUUUAAAAAGCAAGUUUGAAUAAAUUCAUGACUGUCUUGUUUCUAGUGAAAACGGCACUGUUAAUAUGGUUUGAACUUCUUGGUGCAUUAUUCCACUUUUUAACUUUAUUAGUCUAAUUUUAACAGUUUAACUUUCAUUUUUACUCCAGUAAUAAGUGUACCUGCAUUAUUUUAAAAUGUAAAAUUUGAAAGGGUUGGAAUAUACAAAAUCUUUACCUAAAACUUGAUUCAGAUUUUUUUUUUAAAUUCGUCAAUACUAAAAUUCAAAAAUAUAUGCCGUCUUGAAAUGACAUUAAAUGUUGUUAACAUAAAGAUAGAAAAUAAAAGAUACAAUCAAUAUGUAUAUAAAUAAAACCAUUUUUGGUAAGCAAAAAAUAUAAUCUAAUGCAUUUUCUCAUCAGUAAGUUUCAACUGUACAAUAUUAAAAAUGUACUAUUCUUUCAAAGAUAAUUUUGAUGCUUUGCAAUAUUUUCCUUUAUUUUAUUGAUUUAUUGGGGAUUGUGUAAGUUACUUAGUGUUUUUAAAUAUUUGCUUUCUUUUCUUUUUUUUUUUUCAUUUAAGCUAUUGUCCGCUUUAAAAGGAACGCAUCGAGUAAAGGAAAGUGAAAAAUCUAGAUGUGUAUAGAACACUACAUUUUAUAAUCAAAGUUUCACCUCUUCUCUCAGAGUUGCUUUUCAAUAUUUUACUGUAAAAUAAAUAACUAUUUAAGACUUGAAAAACUGUUUUUUACUCUUAUAAAUUUACUCCAUUAUUAAAUUAUGAAAUAGAUUAAAAUAUUGAAUUUUGGCUUAAAAUUCCUUGAAGUUAUUCUUUUAUUUCUUUAGACAAAUAAAAUGGUGUUAACUUUGAA